ACAAUUUUUACCGUGGGAAACCUUGAUAAAUCGAUAGCAUAUAAAUCAAUAUGGAUUAGGAUAAAAAAAUUAACAACUGUCGAUACUGAAACCCGUGAAGGUCGAAUUGGCGAAAUUGCUUACAUUUUUGCUAUAAAUAAUCAAAUGCCCGAGUUAACGGGGUAUCAGUUCAGCGAGUUCAGUUCUUGAUAGAACAUCAACGCCAACGCAACGCAACUGCAGCAAAAUGAUCAAGAUUACUGUGGUGGUCCUAGCCCUGCUGGGCUCUGUCCUUGCUUACGAGCAGCAUGGAUUUAUCAGCGAGGUGAAACAUAUUCCGUACAAGUGGUACGGUGGCAUCCAGAGCGAUAUCGGUGGCGGCGGGCUGGGUGGAAUCGGUUUGGGCGGUGGUUCGAUCGGUGGAGGAUGGGAAGGUGACUGGAAGCAAGGCGGUGAAGACUACUACUCGUACCCGAAGUACAAAUUCGAAUACGGAGUAAAGGACUACAAGACGGGUGAUCACAAAAGCCAAUGGGAAGCACGUGAUGGUGAUGUAGUUAAGGGAGAGUACACUCUGGAUGAAGCCGAUGGAACCAAACGUAUCGUUGAAUACUACGCCGAUGACAAGAACGGUUUUGAAGCCAAGGUCAAGAAUAUUGGGCAUGGUAUCGAGCAAGGUGGACUGGGAGGUGGUUACGAAAGUGGUUACCACGGAUUGGGAUACAGCUACAGCAAGCUAAAGAAGUACAACUGAGGGUACAUACCAAGACCGACUAUGCUGAUGAUAACUGUAAAUCGUUACUGAAUAAAGA